GCAUUGCAAGUCAAAAAUGAGGAAAAGAAAUUAUAUUUUUGUUUAAAAAUUAAUAAAUAAGUUUAAUUAAAUUUUGAUUGGAAGAUUAAGAAAGUGUUUUAAGAUAUCAUAAGAGAGGCAAAACGUUUGUAACAAUUGUAUAAGUAUAAAAAAAUACACAAGAAUAUGGGUCCACCAAAAAAAUUUAGAAAAUAUGAUUCAAAAGCGGGAAGCGAUAGAUCAGGAAAGAAAAAAAAAGUAGAAGAAGAUGUAACAAUAGAUUUGGUGGAAGAUGACAACGGUGAGAAUGCAGGAGUACCGGGUGCUGCCAUGCAAGAUGCUGAGAAAAAUGACCAGGUCCCUGAAGAUGAAUUUGGUGCCAAAGAUUACAGAUCCCAAAUGGAAUUGAAACCAGACAAUACGAGUCGUCCACUCUGGGUUGCACCCAACGGCCAUAUUUUCCUCGAGUCAUUCUCACCAGUUUACAAACAUGCCCAUGACUUCUUGAUAGCCAUAGCUGAACCUGUUUCUAGACCUCAACACAUACACGAGUAUAAACUGACAGCAUACAGUUUAUAUGCAGCUGUGUCGGUGGGUCUACAGACCAACGACAUUGUGGAAUACUUGCAGAGGCUUAGCAAGUGUGCUGUGCCCGCCGGCAUCAUAGAGUUCAUUCAGCUCUGUACAUUGUCGUAUGGGAAAGUGAAGCUUGUUCUUAAACAUAAUAGGUAUUUAGUAGAGAGCAAACACGUAGAAGUGCUUCAGAAGCUUCUGAAAGACCCAGUGAUCCAACAGUGCCGGCUGAGGCGUGACGGUGACGAAGAGCUGCUUGCUUCAGCCCUGCCCAACAAACCGACCACUGCACUCGCUAGCAAACCCGGUGAAGAGAAGCCCGCGAACGGGGCUGUCCCAGAAGACAUCAGCCAGUUCUACCAGCAGCUUGACAAGGAUGACGAGGAAGACGAGACCACUGACAUCACAGCUAAGAACUCUGCUGUUGCAUUCGAAGUUGAUCCUGACAAAAUUGAGGUGAUACAAAAGCGAUGCAUAGAGUUGGAAUAUCCAUUGCUAGCGGAGUACGAUUUCCGCAACGACACAAUCAAUCCUGACAUCAACAUUGACUUGAAGCCCACCGCGGUGCUGCGACCCUACCAAGAGAAGAGUUUACGCAAGAUGUUCGGAAAUGGACGAGCUAGAUCUGGGGUGAUAGUGCUGCCUUGCGGCGCGGGCAAGUCGCUAGUGGGCGUGACGGCGGUGUGCACGGUGCGCAAGCGCGCGCUCGUGCUGUGCAACUCUGGCGUGUCGGUGGAGCAGUGGAAGCAGCAGUUCAAGUGCUGGUCCACGGCGGACGACAGCAUGAUUUGUCGCUUUACAUCGGAAGCCAAGGACAAGCCGAUGGGUGCAGGCAUCCUGAUCACCACGUACUCCAUGAUCACGCAUGGGCAGCGGCGCUCGUGGGAGGCCGAGCAGACCAUGAAGUGGCUGCAGGCGCAGGAGUGGGGCGUGGUGGUGCUGGACGAGGUGCACACCAUCCCCGCCAAGAUGUUCCGUCGCGUGCUCACCAUUGUGCACUCACACGCCAAGCUAGGAUUAACAGCAACAUUACUGCGUGAGGACGACAAGAUCGCAGAUCUGAACUUCCUGAUCGGACCCAAGCUGUACGAGGCGAACUGGCUGGAGCUGCAGGCGCACGGCUACAUCGCGCGCGUGCAGUGCGCCGAGGUGUGGUGCCCCAUGAUGCCGGAGUUCUACCGCGAGUACCUCGUGCAGAAAAUAAACAAGAGGAUGCUACUUUACGUAAUGAACCCGUCCAAAUUUCGCGCGUGCCAGUUCCUAGUCCGAUACCACGAGAGACGUGGAGACAAGACGAUAGUAUUCUCGGACAACGUGUUCGCCCUUCGUCACUACGCGGUGAAGAUGAACAAGCCGUACAUCUACGGGCCCACGUCGCAGAACGAGAGGAUACAGAUCCUGCAGAACUUCAAGUUUAACCCGAAAGUGAACACGAUAUUCGUGAGCAAAGUCGCUGACACGAGUUUCGACUUGCCAGAGGCGAAUGUGCUCAUUCAGAUCUCUUCGCACGGUGGCUCCAGGCGACAGGAAGCGCAGCGAUUGGGUCGAAUUUUGAGAGCCAAAAAAGGCGCGCUGGCCGAGGAGUACAACGCGUUUUUCUACACGCUCGUGUCGCAGGACACGCUGGAGAUGGCGUACAGUCGCAAGCGGCAGCGGUUCCUCGUCAACCAGGGCUAUAGUUACAAGGUGAUCACAGAAUUGAAAGGAAUGGAUCAAGAGCCGGACAUGUUUUACGGAACAAGGGAGGAACAGGGCAUGUUGUUGCAACAGGUACUGGCGGCGUCAGAAACGGACUGCGAGGAGGAGCGCGAGGGUGUGGCGGGCAGCGCGGGGGGUGCGGCGCGGCGCGCGGGCGGCAGUCUGGCGUCGCUCGCCGGCGCCGACGACGCGCUCUACCUCGAGCACCGCCGCUCGUACAACAAACAUCCGCUCUUCAAGAAGUUCCGAUACUGA